AUGGCAGGAGGCCAGCAACGAGUACGCUCUGGUACGUCAUGCCCGAUUGAUCUGCUGUUACAUCAGACAGACAUUGCUACUCCCCAUCCGAGAAGGGCAAUUGCUAACGACCCCUCCCCCCAACAGCGUGAGAAGAUCAACCCUAUCUACGGCAUCAGCGCCCAGGGUUACGAGGGCCCUGGCUUCGUGCAGAGCCCCCCUGCCGAGAAGUCGUAA